AGCAUGACGCAUUGAGUUCGCACAGUCCCUCGCGCUUCCUUUUCCAGCGGCGCCUGCGAUCAUGGCGGACGUUGUGGCGGAGCAGAUACUGGAGCCGAAACCUCUCCAGGGUCGGGAGUUAAACGGAGAGGCGGGGGACGGGGACGAAGCCGACCCGGUAGAUGAGACGGCAAAAAAGAAGAAAAAGAAGAAGAAGAAGAACAAGACUGCUAGCGUAGCUGUAGAAAACGUUGAAGUGGCCGAAGUGACCAAGCAGCUGGAAAACCAGGCUAUAGAGGAGAAAGAAGAGGAAGAUGGAGAUGAUGGGGAAAACUCUGCAGGGAAAAAGAAGAGAAAGAAAAAGAAGAAGAAAGGAUCCAAAACUCAAACCGAUCCCCCAUCCGUUCCCAUCUGCGAGUUAUACCCCGGUGGAUCAUUUCCCAUCGGACAGGAGUGUGAAUAUCCUCCUUCUCAGGACGGUCGCAGUGCGGCGUGGCGCAUGACCAGCGACGAGAAGCGGGUCAUGGACAAAGCCAACGAGGAGAUGUGGAAUGACUUCAGGCAGGCGGCUGAGGCGCACAGACAGGUCCGCAAGCACGUCCGCAGCUUCCUGAAACCCGGCAUGACCAUGAUUGAAAUCUGCGAGCGUCUGGAGGAUUGUUCCCGAAAGCUGAUAAAGGAGAACGGGCUGAACGCCGGCCUGGCCUUCCCCACCGGCUGCUCCCUCAACCACUGUGCUGCCCACUACACUCCCAACGCCGGGGACGCCACCGUCCUGCAGUAUGACGACGUCUGCAAGAUUGACUUCGGCACUCACAUCAACGGCCGAAUCAUCGACUGUGCCUUCACCGUCACUUUUAACCCCAAAUAUGACAAGCUGCUGGAGGCCGUGAAAGACGCCACAAAUACUGGAAUCAAGAAUGCCGGCAUUGACGUGCGUCUCUGUGACGUCGGGGAGGCGAUCCAGGAGGUGAUGGAGUCGUACGAGGUGGAGCUGGAUGGGAAGACGUACCAAGUGAAGCCCAUCCGGAACCUGAACGGUCACUCCAUCGGCCAGUACCGAAUACACGCGGGAAAGACUGUGCCUAUCGUCAAAGGAGGCGAAGCGACGAGGAUGGAGGAGGGAGAGGUUUACGCCAUCGAGACGUUUGGCAGCACAGGUAAAGGCAUGGUCCACGACGACAUGGAGUGCUCUCACUACAUGAAGAACUUCGAUGUCGGCCACGUCCCCAUCAGGCUGCCCAGGGCGAAGCACCUCCUGAAUGUUAUCAAUGAGAACUUCGGCACGCUGGCGUUCUGCCGGCGCUGGCUGGACCGCCUGGGCGAGAGCAAAUACCUGAUGGCCCUUAAGAACCUGUGUGACCUGGGCAUAGUGGACCCUUACCCCCCACUCUGCGACACCAAGGGCUGCUACACCGCUCAGUUCGAGCACACCAUCCUGCUCAGGCCCACGUGCAAGGAGGUGGUCAGCCGUGGAGACGACUACUGACGAGCCAACCCAUGACCAGAAUAGAGACGCAGCAGAGAGGAGGUUCAGGAGGACGAAGGUGUGAUGGACUCAAAGAAGUUGCAAAGGAUGCCAAGCGAUGCUGUAGUCUGCCCAUGAUGCUCCGCACUCAGCUUUUAAAGAGGGACAAGCAUUCUUCUGGGUUCUUUAUUAUCAACCACAUCUGACCGGGUCAGCGGUGGCAGAAGCUUCGUGCUUUCCCCCUUGAUCGGCAGACUUCUGUUUUUCAAAACAUAACAUUCAAACAGUUCAUUUCUCAAAGCUGCCAUUGAUGUCAAAUCAUUUCCUGUUUACGGAGCAGAGGUGGCUGCGGAUGCCUUUCUCCGACCCCCUUUCGGUUUCUGUGGAUUCAGGCUGAGCCUCGUAUGAGGGGUCAACAAGACAGCUUUAACACAUGUUCAGGUGGAUGCAUGGCCAGAAAUGUGUGUACAGACUUUUCGUAAAUAAUGCUUGGAGUGUUGAAGUAAUAAAGCAGCAUCAUGACAGACAUCUGCAGCUGUAUGUCUGGCUUCUGUUGCUAUGGGGGACUCUGCACUCUCGGCCCUCCGGCCUUAGUUUGAUACUUUUACAACCUCUCUGCGAUGGAUGGCUGCUGAUACUGUCUGUUCCCAGUAGAAGUGCUUCGUUUUCAACUUGGAAAUGGUUUUGUAAGAAAAACAAAUUAUUAAAGUUAUUGUUGCUCCUUCUG